AUGAGUCUCGCCCGGCCCGCCAGAUGUCUGUUUUGCAGCUUCUCCCGGGCUGCCUCCGCCGUGCCUCGCGUGCCUCGUCGCCAGUUCCACCCUUCGCCGCCCUCGUUAAACAGCAAGCCGAAACCCCCCAAUGGCCCGGAGUCGGAGUUAAAAUCCCUGUAUCAGAUCUCGCGGGAGAUGAAGCAGGAUGAUUUCCAGCCCUACACCGAGGAGGAGAAGGCCGGCCUGCGCGAGGUGUACACCCCCGAGCAGAUCGCCGCCAUCGAGGCCGGCGAGGCCGCCAUUGACCCCAAGGACAUGGCGGACCAGUUUGCAUUCCGCACGGAUCCGAUGAAGCUGCGGUACCUGGACGAUUUCUCGACCAUCGAGCCGGGCGUCGACAAGCACGUGCGGGCGCCCGUCGAGAACACGGACUACGACGCGAAGAUGAAGACGCGGGAGGAUUUCGUGCAGGAUCUCGCGCAGUACUUUAUGGACAUGCCCGAGGAUGCCAGCGCGGGCCACUUCGUGCGGUUCCUGGAAAACGUGCGGGUGACGCGCGGCAAGGAGGAGAACGAACUCAACCCGCACAGCGCCCUGGUGCCCGAUUUCAUCAGCCCCGGGGAGUCGCUCACCGAGACCGGGAAGGUCACCAAGACGAUCUUCACCGACGCCGUCCAGAAGAGGCUGGGCGAGGAUCUGACCGCUGCCAUGAAGCGACUGAUCCAGGAUACGGGCUACAGCGAGCAACAUAUCCGGAGUCUGAAGACCAAGGCUCUGGUCACGCACCGCGUCGUCAACCAGACCCGUCUGGGUAAGAUCGCGAGCACCUACUCUCUGGCGAUCGCCGGCAACGGCCGGGGUCUGCUGGGCAUCGGAGAAGCCAAGUCCGACGAGCUCCCCGACGCCAAGCUGCAAGCGACGUACCGAGCGAUCCGCAACAUGCAGCCCAUCCCGCGGUACGAGCACCGGACCAUCUACGGUGAUGUCACGGGCAAGGUUGGUGCUGUUGAUCUGAAGUUGAUGAACCGUCCGCCCGGAUUCGGCCUCCGCUGCCAACACCUCAUCUUCGAAAUGUGCCGCGCAGCAGGCAUCCACGACCUCGCCGCGCGGGUCGGCCGGUCUCGGAAUCCCAUGAACACAGUGAAGGCCGCCUACCAGGCACUCAUGAGCCAGCGGAACCCGGACGAUAUUGCGCGCGCCCGCGGCAAGAAGUUGGUGGAUGUGCGCAAGGUUUACUACUCUGGACGGGCAUGA